AUGGCGGACCGCGAUGUCCUUCCCGAUGCCAUCAGGCCCUCGCACUAUGUCGUCUCCCUGCGGGAGCUUGACUUUAAGAACUGGACCUACCAGGGAACCGUCAGGCAAGUUGCCAACCACCAGGUUGUCAAGCCCACCAAGGAGGUCGUCAUCAAUGCCCUCGAGCUCAAGCUGUCCAAGGCUUCCGUUACCGUCACGCAGAAUAAGUCCACCGAAUCGUACGAAUCCGCCUCCAUCUCCCUCGAUGAGAAGAAGCAGCGCGCUGUCAUCGCCUUUGACCAGGAGAUUCCUGCCUCUCAGAAGGCUUCUGUCCUCAUCCACUUCGAGGGUAUCCUGAACAACGACAUGGCCGGCUUCUACCGCAGCAAAUACACCCCCGCCGUCACACCCGCUGCCUCGGUCCCCCGCGACGACGAGUGGCACUAUAUGCUGAGCACCCAGUUCGAGCCCUGCGAUGCGCGUCGCGCCUUCCCCUGCUUCGACGAGCCCAACCUCAAGGCCACCUUUGACGUCGAGCUCGAGAUCCCCGACGACCAGGUCGCUCUCAGCAACAUGCCCGUCAAGGACACCAAGAAGACGCGCGAUGGCUUCCACCUGGUCUCCUUUGAGACCAGCCCCAAGAUGAGCACAUACCUUCUCGCCUGGGCCAUCGGCGACUUUGAGUACGUCGAGGCCUUUACCGAGCGCCGCUAUAAUGGGAAACAGCUGCCUGUCCGUGUCUAUACCACGCGCGGUCUCAAGGAGCAGGGCCGCUGGGCUCUGUGGCAUGCGCCUAGGAUCAUCGAUUACUUCUCUGACAUUUUCGGCAUCGAGUACCCUCUGCCCAAGGCCGACCUGCUCGCCGUCCACGAGUUCUCGGCCGGCGCGAUGGAGAACUGGGGUCUGGUCACCUACCGUACGACGGCCGUCCUCUACGACGAGAAGACGUCCGAGCCGCGCUACGCCAACCGCGUGGCCUAUGUCGUAGCACACGAGCUCGCCCACCAGUGGUUUGGCAACCUUGUCACCAUGGACUGGUGGGACGAGCUGUGGCUGAACGAGGGCUUUGCUACCUGGGUUGGCUGGCUCGCAACUGAUCACCUGCAUCCCGAGUGGCAGGUUUGGCCGCAGUUCAUCAAUGAGGGUAUGGAGAUGGCGUUCAAGCUGGACAGUAUCCGUGCCAGCCACGCCAUCCACGUUCCCGUCAAGGACGCCCUCGAUGUCAACCAGAUCUUCGACCACAUCAGCUACCUGAAGGGUUGCUCCGCCAUCCGCAUGCUCGCAAACCACCUGGGCGUCGAGACCUUCCUCAAGGGCGUGUCCAACUACUUGAAGAAGCACCAGUACGGCAACGCCAAGACGGAAGCGCUCUGGAGCGCUCUCAGCGAGGCCUCUGGCAAGGACGUCAACAAGCUGAUGGGCCCUUGGAUUUCCAAGAUCGGUCACCCCGUGCUGACCGUCGCCGAGCAGCCCAACCAGAUUUCGAUCAAGCAGUCGCGCUUCCUCUCUACCGGCGAUGUCAAGCCUCAAGAUGACGAGACAACUUGGUGGAUCCCCCUCGAGCUUGAGGGCAAGAAGGGUGUCAAGGGAAUUACCUCGAUUGCGCUGGAGAAGAAGGAAGACAUCAUCACUGACAUUGAUUCCGAGUUCUACAAGCUCAACUCUGGCGCCUCGGGCUUCUACCGCGUCAACUACCCGCCCGAGCGCCUGCUCCAGCUGGGCAAGCAGCUCGACCGCCUGUCCAUCGAGGACAAGAUUGCCAUCAUUGGAUCCGCCGGUGAUCUCGCCUUCUCGGGCAACGGCACCACUGCUGCGCUCCUCUCGUUCAUCCAAGGCUUCAGCAAGGAGGACAACUACCUAGUCUGGAGCCAGGUGCUUGACUCCAUCGCAUCGGUCAAGUCCGUUUUCGGCGAAGACGAGGUCAUCAAGAAGGGCCUCCAGGCCUUCACCCUCAAGCUGAUCGACGAAGCCGUUGGUAAGGUCGGCUGGGACUAUCCCGAGGGCGAGAGCUACCUUACUGGUCUGCUGCGCAAGCGUCUUAUCCUCACCGCCGGUGUCAACGGCCACGCUGGCGUCACCGAGGAGGCUCUCAAGCGUUGGAAGGCCUAUGUCGAGUCGCCCGAGUCGAACCCUCUCCCCCCGGCUCUGCGCACGCCCGUGUUCCGCGUGGCCGUCAAGCACGACCCCGUCAAGGCGGUCGAGGUGCUCAAGAAGGAGUGGUUCACGACAAAGUCGAUCGACGGCAAGGAGGUCUGCCUCAGCGCCAUCAGCGCGGCCCGCGACACGGAGCUCGUCAAGAACACGAUCCUCCCCUUCCUCUUUAAUCGGUCCCCGCCCGCGCCGGCCUCCGAGUCGGUGCCCUCGUCCGACAUGCACGUCCUGGCCUCGGGUCUCGGCGCCAACGCGUCCGCCCGCGAGGCCCAGUGGCAGUACCUCCAGGCCCACUGGGACGACUGCGUCGUCAAGGCCGGCAACAACGUCGUCGUCGACCGCCUCGUCUCCACGAGCCUGUCCAAGUUUGCCGACGCCGACAAGAUCAAGGAGAUUGACGCCUUCUUCGCCGGCAAGGACACGGCCGGCUUCAACCGCACCCUCGAGACGGCCAAGGAUAAGAUCCGCGGCCGCGCCGCCUACCGCCAGCGCGACGCCGCCGCUCUCAAGGCGUGGCUCGCCACCAACGGCUACGCUGCGUAG